GUAGCAAAUGCAAUUGAAAUCGCCUCGAAUCCGUCCUCAGACCCAGCCCUUAAGACGCAAGCGUUCGAAUUCGUGAAUCAACUUCGCUCCGACCCGUCGGGAUGGCAGGUCUGCCUUUCACUGUUCACACAAACUCCCCAGCGCUCGGGUAUCGUGAGGCAUGUGGCUCUGGAAGUGGUCAAUAGCGCCGCACAGGGUGGUUUGAUAGACCUGCAGGCCCUAGCCUUCGUCAAGGAUGGCCUGUUGGCAUAUCUCCGGCAGGUGUACGGACAGGACGCAGGAGCAUCCGACCCCCCAAACAUCCAGAACAAAAUCGCCCAAACCAUCACCUUUCUCUUCUCUGCACUCUACGCUAGCGGGUGGGAAUCAUUCUUUGAUGAUCUGCUCAGCCUGACCCACAAAAGCGCCUCGAGCACGACACGCGACAAUGCGUCCGGAAUCAUCUUCUACCUCCGAGUCAUCAACUCUAUUCACGACGAGAUCGGUGAUGUUUUGGUCUCACGAUCCCGCAAUGAACAGGACAAGGCGAAUGCGCUCAAGGACCUCAUUAGGCAGAGGGAUAUGCAGAAGAUCACCAGCUCGUGGCAACAGAUUUUGUCGGAAUGGCGGGAUGGCAACGACGUAAUUGUGGAGAUGUGCUUGAAGGCUGUCGGCAGCUGGGUCAGCUGGAUUGAUAUCGGUCUUGUGGUAAACCAGACAAUGCUUGAUCUUUUGUUCCAGCAGCUGGGCCGGGCGCAGAAAGCGGAUCUGAGGCAAGGGGAAGAGAAGGUGCGGGAUGCGGCGGUCGAUGUCUUCACGGAGAUCAUCGGCAAGAAGAUGAAACCGGAGGACAAGAUCGACAUGAUAAUCUUCCUGAAUCUCGAUACUAUUGUUUCCCAACUCUCGAAUAGCCCUCCUCUGCACGGAAAUAGGUUCACCUUCAAGUAUGACACCGAUCUGGCGGAAGCUGUCGCCAAGUUAGUCAAUAUCACCGUCAUUGAUAUUGUACGGGCAUUGGAACAGGAAGGCGUUUCGGCUGAGUGCAAGGAGAAAGCCAAUGGGUUGCUUCAGGUUUUCCUGCCACAUAUCCUGAGAUACUUCUCCGAUGAAUAUGACGAGGUCUGCUCAACAGUCAUUCCCUGCGUCAGCGACCUCUUGACAUAUCUAAGAAGAAUCGCCAAAGUCAACCCCGCCCUUGCUGCCCAGCAUUCUUCGAUCCUCCUUCCGAUCCUGAAGGCUAUCAUUGCCAAGAUGCGAUACGACGAAACCUCCUCUUGGGGCGAGGAAGAUGAGCAGACGGACGAGGCAGAAUUCCAAGAACUUCGCAAGAGACUUGGUGUUCUUCAGCAGAUGAUUGCUUCAGUCAAUGAACAACUGUACAUGGAGGCUGUGUCGGAGGUGGUGGCAACGACCUUUGAGAACCUGCGGCAGUCGGGAUCCCAAAUGGACUGGCGUGACCUGGACCUUGCAUUGCACGAAAUGUUCUUGUUUGGAGAUCUCGCAGUCAAGGCGGGAAGUCUCUACACCAAGGGUAAUCCCAACAACCAGGCUGCCGAAAGGCUCGUCGAAAUGAUGUUGAGGAUGGUCGAGUCUGACAUUCGUUCAUUCACGCAUCCGGCGACGCAAUUACAGUAUAUGGAGAUUUGCGUGCGCUAUAGCUCAUUCUUCCAGCACCAUACCCAUCUAAUUCCAGGUGUGUUGGAGAGCUUUCUUCAACUGGUUCACCACCCUGUCAAGAAGGUGAAGACUCGUUCUUGGUACCUUUUCCAGCGCCUGGUGAAGCAACUCAGACAGUACGUCGGUAACGUCGCGCAAACCGUUGUGGAAGCUCUUGGCGAUCUUCUGGUAAUACACGCUGAACUACCUUCGGAGGGAUCUGACGGUGAUGAGAUGUCUUCGGAGGACCACGAAGGGUUAGCCGACGCCAUCUUUAACAGCCAGCUGUAUCUUUUCGAAGCUGUCGGUAUCAUCUGUUCGACGCCCACUGUCUCAGCUGAUAAACAGGUCCUUUAUGCGCAGUCAGUGCUCAACCCGAUAUUCCUCGACAUGGAGAAGAACCUGGAAGCGGCGAAAUCACAUGAUGAACGAGCCAUUCUACAGAUUCAUCACGAUAUCAUGGCACUGGGGACCCUUGCUCGGGGAUUCUCAGAUUGGAUGCCUGGAACGAACACUCCCGCUACUCUACCAGCACCCGAAGUCUCAGAAGCCUUCAAUCAGGUGUCGGAAGCCACGCUAGUUGCCUUGGAAUCUCUCAAGUCCUCAUUCAACGUUCGAACAGCUGCCCGGUUUGCGUUCUCGAGGCUCAUCGGCGUCCUCGGCUCUCGGAUUCUGCCUCAGUUGCCAAGGUGGAUUGACGGCCUUCUUACUCAGACUUCUUCGCGCGAUGAGAUGGCCCUGUUCCUACGUCUCCUGGAUCAGGUCAUUUUUGGAUUCAAGGGCGAAAUCUAUUCCAUUCUUGACACACUACUAACGCCCUUCCUGCAACGAGUGUUCUCCGGAAUCGCCGAUCCCACAACCGGCACGGACGAUGAGAUUCAACUGGCUGAGCUGAAACGGGAGUACCUGAAUUUCUUGCUGGCCGUUCUGAACAAUGACUUGGGUGCUGUCAUCAUCAGUGAGAGAAAUCAACCCAUCUUUGAGACCGUCAUCUCCACUAUCGAGCAUUUUUCCAAAGACGUCGAUGACUUUACCACAGCGAAGAUGGCCUUCUCUGUCCUUUCUAAGAUGGGUAGCUCGUGGGGUGGUCCGGACAUCACCCCGGAAGCUUCCAACGGAGCCCCUCCAGCGCAGGCUCCGCUGCCCGGUUUUGGCCAAUUCAUGAUUACACGAUUCUCGCCGUUAUGCUGGGCGCUGCCCGCCACACCUUCCUUCAACUCCAAGGAUGCGCAAGCCAAGCAGGUUCUUGCCGAAGCUGGCGGGCUACAGCGUACGAUAUACUCCAAAACAGGCAUGGAGUACCUCGCGUAUCUCCGCGACCGUGAACUGCCCGGCAUGGGCAUGGGUGCAGAAUUGAUUGACGAGUUUGUGGGUGCUUUGAGCCGGCUGGACUUGAAGGGGUUCCGGCAAUUCUUUCCGUCUUUUAUCCAGCGAUUGAGCGCAUGA